AUGAACACUGAUCCUUCUUUCAGUGGGCUGAGCAAGUAUUUCAAAACUCUCUCAAAUUUAUCAUUGUCGUUCAAGGAUGCUAAGGUUAACUUCACGGGAAAGAAUCAAGAUGAGGAAAAUAAUUCCAAUGCAGCAAUAAACAUAAACGCCCACAUCAAAGGUGGCGAAUUGGCCUUAGUAAUGGGAAAAAAUUCAUCUCUGUUUCUGCAAGGACUAGCUCGUCCAAUUACAGGAAACACCAAAGGCUCCAUACUUUUGAAAAACUACGACUACAACAUGUUCGCGCGGGCCUGUCCCCAGCAAGUCAUCUACAGCAAUGAACAAGAUGACCAUUUUCCGUUUCUCACUGUUCAGCAAACAAUCGACUUUGCAAUAAAUUGCAAAGUAAAUGGUGAGAAAGGCAUAAAAAAUGCAAUAAGAGAGACGUUAUUAAAUGAGUUUGGUUUAAGCCACGCCAGGGAUACCAUUGUGGGAAAUGACCGUGUUAGAGGUAUAUCCGGCGGUGAAAGAAAAAGAUUGUCUAUCAUCGAGACAUUCAUUGCGCAUGGUUCGUUGUAUUUAUGGGACAACUCAUCAAAGGGACUAGAUUCCUCUACAGCGCUUGAGUUUUUCAAGUGUCUCCGAUCCAUGGCUCACCUUACCCAAACUGUCAAUCUCGUUAAAAUUUCACAGGCAAGUGAUAAACUUAUGAGUUGCUUUGACAAAGUUCUAGUGUUCUUAGAUGAUCAGCAGGUGUUUUAUGGUACAUUGAAAGACUGUAUUCGCUUUUUCAUGGAACUGGGGUAUAGCAGGGACCCAACAUUAUGCGACCUUGAGUAUUUGACAGCAAUAGUGAAUGGAAGCCUAGCAAGUCGCACAAUAACAUCAACUGAAGAUGUGGUAAGGUGUUGGCGCCAAUCCAUCUAUUGCACACAAAGUGUGCAAGAGCUUGAUAGUUUCAUAAAUGCGCGCCAAAUUCUGCUAGACAAGUGCAACGAAGCUGAUCUAACGCCACUUUAUGAUGUAUCUGUUUGGUACCAGCUUAAAUACUGCACCAUCAGGGCCUUCCAUAGGGCAGUUGGCGAUAAAGUUUACAUGAUUGCGCAAUUCAUCUCGAUCUUAGUCCAAUCCCUAGUAAUUGGUUCACUUUUUUACAAUAUACCACGGACAACGAUAGGAUCAUAUUCUAGAGGAUCGAUAACCUUCUUUGCUCUAUUAUUUUUCACGUUCAUCUGUUUAGCAGAGGUUCCCAUCAGCUUUGCUAGACGCUCAGUCAUUAACAAGCAAAGAAAGUUAUUCUUCUAUAAAGGUUGGACAGAGAAUCUUUCUACUGUUAUCUUUGACAUGCCAUAUAGGGUUAUUCUGAUUAUAGUGUUCAGUUUAAUCCUGUAUUUUAUUGCACACUUUCAGUUUAGCGCUGCCAGAUUUUUCAUUUUUCUUCUGUUUUUGGUGAUAGUUAACUUUUCAAUGGCAUCCUUAUUCCAAUGGGUUGCAAAUGCAUCACCCACUAUCUCUAUGGCAAACGCAGUUUCGGGAGUUCUGCUUCUUGCGAUUGCAAUGUAUGCUUCUUACGUGAUUUACUUAAAAUCGAUGCAUCCAUGGUUCAAAUGGAUUGCUUACAUUAACCCAGUAAUGUAUGCAAUGGAAUCGAUUCUGUCUAAUGAAAUGCUUCACAUGCAACUUGAUUGUACAGAGUCUAUUAUACCACGCGGGCCCACGUACAACAAUGUGAGUUUUGAUCACAAAGUGUGUGGUUGGCAAGGCGCAAAGUUAGGCCACGCUUCUGUUCAGGGCAAAGAAUAUCUCAGUGAUGCACUCGCGUAUUCAUACAAACACACUUGGAGAAAUUUCGGAAUUCUGAUAGGGUUUUCAGUCUUCUUCUGUUUCUGCUCUGUGGUCACAUUCCACUACAUUACUCCCUUAUAUGAUGAAAGGAUUAAAACCUCAGGUAGAGGGAGAGACGAAAAGGACUUAUUUGAUUCUGCAACAAAUGAAUUUGAUAUUUCGGAAAGCGAUUCUUUGGAUGAUGAUCCUUCUAUCGGAAAAAUAGAAAACAUUAUGGAUUCAAAACAAAUUAAUACCAGGACCAAGACGCAUCAACAAAUAUCGGAAGUCCACACCUUAUCAUGGAAAGAUAUCAACUAUACUGUCAAUGACAAAAAACUGCUAAACAACGUUUCGGGAUAUGUUAGUACGGGAUUGACCGCUUUGUUAGGAGAAUCCGGAGCGGGAAAAACAACACUUCUUGAUACUUUGUCUCAUAGAAUAGAGGGUGGAGUCGUAUCCGGAGAAAUAUUAGUUGAUGGACACCCGAUUGACCAGUUAGAGGCGUUUAAAGCAAACAUUGGCUACGUACAGCAACAAGAUGUACAUCUCGGCCUCCUUACUAUUCGAGAGUCACUCAAAUUUUCUUCCCUUUUGAGAGGUAACAAUGAUGUGAGCUAUGUUGAAGAAGUUCUUCAUAUGCUCAAACUAAAUGGGAAUACCUUCGUAAAAGAUCUAUCACCAACAAACAAGAAGCUUUUAUCUAUUGGCGUGGAACUUGUUGCAAAACCUUCACUCCUAUUAUUUUUAGACGAACCUACCUCCGGACUGGAUACAGAAGCAGCAAUCACAAUUAUCAAGUUCUUGAAGAAACUCUCCAUGCAGGGUCAGGCUAUUCUUUGCAGUAUACAUCAACCAAGUCGUAAUAUUUUCAGUUAUUUUGAUAAUGUAAUAGUAUUAAAAGCAGGGGGAGAAACCGCCUAUAUGGGACCAACAACAAUUGCCUGUGAUUACUUUUCUCAGCGUUCUUCACUCUUUUACGAUCCUCAUAGUGACAGUCCUGCUGAUUUCAUUAUUGAAACUGUUGGAGAACGAAGCUCUGAAAAGUCAUGCUCAAACUGGGCUGAGCUAUGGAAAGCAUCCGAUGAAGGAAAAAAAGUCACACACACACUCCAACAACUAGAGCAGCAUGCGGUCAUUUCAGGGGAAUCAUCAGUAAUUGUUCAAAAGGAAAGAAUCACCUACCUCAAUCAACUUAUGAUAGUGACUAAAAGACAAUACUUAACCUUCAUAAGGGAUCGUUCAUAUAUUGCCUCAAAGUUUUUGUUAAACGUCGUUUCUGGACUUUUCAUAGGGUUUACAUUUUGGAAAACUAAGCACAACAUCAUAGGUUUACAAAAUCUAGUAUUCGCAACGUUUAUGGUGCUUUGCAUUUCAUCUCCCCUCGUUCACCAGAUCCAGGAUAAAGCAUUAGAGGCAAAGGACGUAUUUACUGUCAGAGAGUCAAAAUCAUCAACAUUUCACUGGUCGGUACUAAUCUUAUCUCAGGUUUUGGUUGAGCUACCCUUUGUCCUAGGUAGUAGCACAGUUUUGUUUCUCUGUUUCUAUUUUUGCUUGGGGGUGAAUAAUUCCCCACAUAUUGCUGGGGUUUAUUAUUUCAAUUACAUGCUCUUUAGCAUUUAUUAUUUGACAUUUGGACUGGGUUUAUUGUAUGCGACAGCGGAUCUUCAAACAGCAUCCGUUCUAAUUGCUUUCUUUUUCAGUUUCACAGUAUCCUUCUGUGGUGUGAUGCAACCGUACUCGCUCUUCCCUAGAUUUUGGACAUUCAUGUACAGAGUUUCCCCAUACACCUAUUUUGUUGAUACCUUCGUCAGUCUCUUGCUACAUGAUCGAAAGGUAACUUGCGAUACCAGUGAGCUUGCUCCAACAAUGCCACUCGCAGGGCAAACAUGCGGUGAGUUUAUGAAAGCAUUUAUUGAUGAGUACGGAGGUUACUUGUUAAAUCCUUCUGCUCCUUAUGUUUGUGCCUACUGCACUUAUGACAGUGGGGAUGAGUUUCUGAAGAUUCAAAACAUGAGCUAUUCUCACAGAUGGAGAAACUUCGGGAUAUGUUGUGCAUACAUUGCUUUUAAUAUCUUUAGUAUGCUGGCAGGAUUCUACUUCGUUUCUGUUAAAAGGACUAUCCCCAAAUUUUUUAGAUCCUUGGUAAAAUUGUUCACAAGGCAAAAAUAA